GGGUGUUGAGGGAGAGUAUUAUCCUAAUAGAAAGUAGAAAAAAAAAAUCGUCGGAGUUGUGAAAUGUGAAAAACAAAGAAAAUUCGGCGCGAACGCCCACGCAUUUUUUACAAUAUAUGUAUAUAAGUCCGAUCCAAAGAAGUAACAAAUCAAAAUUAAAAAAAAAAAAAUAAAUUUACUUAGUCCUUGAAUAGAAAGUUAUUUUCGGUUGUGGUGAAAUAAUAUUGCGAGUCAAUUAUUUUUAACAAAAUAUAAUAAAUAGUGCUUCUAUAUUUUGGAAAUUUUAAAUUUAAGUGCCUAAUCGUAUAGUGUAUUUAAAAAAAUGCGCUUCUUAGGAUAUUUUGUUUGAGAGCUAUUAAAUAAAUAUAUUAAGGACCCACAGUGUUUGCCGCUGUAGCUCCUCUGGCCGUAGCCGCAUCGUCACGACGACGUUUCGUCUCUUAGAAAACAUCGUGCGCGUCCUCGGCGAGGUCGUCAAGCUGAAGCUGAAGCACGAACAAGAGUACGACCUCCUCAUUGUCGACUUCGAGCCGCCACUGAUGGAGAACUCGGAAACCGAUGACGAAACGGGUUGGAAUUGCAGCGUCCAUCCGAGCGUUUUCUUUUUAUUAGGUACGUUGGUAUUGACAACAUGCGCGACUGGCAUGCUCUGCGCCGCCAUCAUGACGGACCACUGGGAGGAAGUCACGUGGGACAAACAGAAUUUGGAUUUGCUAGCUAACAGCACGAUACGAUUGCAUUGGUUGCUAGAUCGGACGGUAGCUAGAGUAUCGACGGGAGACAAGGACAGGACGAUAGCGUUUCUGGUGCCAAUGCACGGCGGUAUUUGGACGUUAUGCGUCAGUUUGACAGAAGAAGAAAUCAAUCUUCUAGGACGCGUAGGCUUCCCAAACGUCCAACCGUGUGUCAAUUAUCUGUCCGGGGGUAUAGAUGGCGUUAAAGGGUACGAACCAAGGGCAGAUUGGCAACACAGUAAGACACUUUUAGUACCUUAUUUCAGAAUGCAAAAUUUGUCAAUUUCGUGCGCUUUGGUGUGCCUCAUAGUGCUUGGUAGCGCCGCCUUAGUGGGGGCCUUCGGGGUCUUCCAGCAUCAAAUAAGUGCCGUAUUGGUAACAGGAGUUAUGUAUUUGUUAGCAGCAUCUUUCGCUCUCUUCACCUUAACCAUAAUACACUUCAAAAGACUGCACAGUCGCCCCAAUGUGGACGAGGCCGAGGGCACGGUGGACGGGGUCGUCAGCCCCACAGGAGGACGGUUGGUAAAGGACUUAUUACCGGCUAGGGUGUUCACUACGUCGUGGUCGUUAGAUUUGGGAUGGGGUGGGGUGAUGCUGUGCGUUAUGACCUCAGUUUUGUGGAUACUGCUGUCGAAAAUAAUGAGGUUUAAUCCCAUUUCCAGUAUGAUAAAUUAAUAAAAAAAAGUGUGGAGAAAAUUAAUGAAACGAAACUGAACAAAAUUAUAAGUGUAGGAACGAGCUGUCAAAAUAUAUCGUCGAUAUAGCGAAAGUUUAGAAAUGUGCCACAAAAUCAGUGUAUGUGGCACUGGUAAUAUAAACUGAUGCUCGAACUGGAUAUCUUGCCAUGAAACAUUCUAAAAAUCUUCUAAAGAUUCUAAAAACCAAUUACCCUUUACUAUUUUUUUAUCGGCAACACUUUUAAAUACUAUAAAAAUUCCUUGCUAACACAAUAUACAAUUAUAUUGAGAAAAAAGUAUGCAGAAGAGGCCACCAGGGACUCAAACAAUAGCUAGUUAUAAUUAGGUAAAUUCAGAAAGAAAAACGCAACAUUUAUAAAGCCUUCAUCCUUCAUUGUAUCACAACUCUUGUUUGCUUUCUGCAUUACCUAUUUAUCCGCGAUUCAAAUUUUCCUUCGCCUGUCAUUUGUCACUGUACCUAGGCGAAUUGUUUGUUAAUUGGUUAUUUUUAAAUUAUUUCAAUUUGUUUGAAAUUGUAUUUUUCACUUUUUUAAAUAUUUUAGACAUAUAUUAGUAUUAAAAUAUCCAAAAAUCAAAACGAAUCAUAUUUUGACAGCUUACCCUACUGAUAUCUUAGAAAAAAUUGUCAUAUUUUAUACGCAUUACCAGAAAUAUAUUUUCUUCUUUUCUCAAAGACAUUCUUAACUCAAAGAUCGCCUAAACUAUUUUACGAAAUAAUUGAUUAUUCCGGAAAAACAGAAAACAAACGAAAUUAAUUGUACAGCGUGUUGAGCUGCUUGGAAAAUAAAUGUAAAUAUACAGAAAGAAAAUGUACUUCGCCAUCACUGCCUAAAAAUAACGAAUUGAUAUGUAUUUUUUCUUUUUACAAUAAUCAUGCAAGUUCUGAUAAGUAAUAUUAAAUAAAUUUACUUAUUUUUCGGGUGAUAAGUACAACACACUGUAUAAAUACUCCAAAUAUAAAAAAUGUAGUCUGAUCAAUAGGUAGGAAAAAAUUGGUUGUGGGUCUACUUAUUUAAUUAUCUAUUCUAAAUCUCAGAAAGCAGCUAUUUCACUCGUUAUAUCACUGCUAUAAAAUGAAAUUAGCUUAUUAUACACACAAACACUUAAAACUAAAAAAAAUUUACACUACUUACUUUAAAACUAGUAGCCCAAUAGCUGAUGACGAAAUUGGGGAAGAUAUUCAAGGCAAUUUUAUAUUAUAAAUAACAGUACUGUGCGACGCCAGACGAAAAGGGGCUUUCAUUUGGAUUUGUGAUUUUUUUCGGGCUUUCGACUAUACCAUGGUUUUUUUUUAUAAGUAUUAUG